UGGUCCGCGUAUUUGUCACUCCUUUUCAGCCUAGUGGCGCGCGGCACGGCGGCGACAGGCGGGAGCGUGAGCUGCAGCGGCUGCGGAAGUGGCCGGCGAGCCCGCUCCCCGCCGACACCAUGCUUCCCUUGUCACUGCUGAAGACCGCUCAGAAUCAUCCCAUGUUAGUGGAGCUCAAAAAUGGGGAGACGUACAACGGGCACCUGGUGAGCUGCGACAACUGGAUGAACAUCAACCUGCGAGAGGUGAUCUGCACGUCCAGGGAUGGGGACAAGUUCUGGCGGAUGCCCGAGUGCUACAUCCGUGGCAGCACCAUCAAGUACCUGCGCAUCCCUGACGAGAUCAUCGACAUGGUCAAGGAGGAGGUGGUGGCCAAGGGCCGCGGCCGCGGCGGCCUGCAGCACCAGAAGCAGCAGAAGGGCCGAGGCAUGGGGGGCGCCGGGCGAGGUGUGUUUGGCGGCCGGGGCCGAGGCGGCAUCCCAGGCACAGGCAGAGGCCAGCCCGAGAAGAAGCCGGGCAGACAGGCAGGCAAGCAGUGAGCCCCGCCGGAGACCAGCCGCCGCGUCGCGCUGGUGGCGAGUGCCUGCGGUCCAGUUUGCAGGUCUGUUCAGAAAGAAGAGAAGAGGCAGGUGUUGGGGGGGACGCCCGCCCCUGCGUUUUGUGACCCUGCUCUUUAGGCGAAGUCCCUUUUUUUUUAAAGCCAGCAGUUCUGCAGCUGGAAUGUUGUCGUUCAGCGUUUCGGGUUUUGUGCGGCUGCUGUCCGCACAGCCAGCUGGAGCCUGGAAGAGUCUGUGUCUCAGGCACCUCUGAAGCCCGCGCUGUCCUGUCCUCCGCGCUUCCCGGGCAGGUCUGCUUUGGAUCUCGCCGUGGAGGACAGACGGAGGUUUUUAUUUUAAGCGCUUGCAGGGAGACUAACGGCCUGUUCCCUUCAGCAUGGCCUGAGAUUCCGCCCUUUCAAAAUAAACCCGGGGACGAGCGGUGCAGGGGACCUUGCUGGCCCUGCCCCUUCGAUCCCACUCUCUUUGUGUUACAAAAAUAAAAACGAA